AUGGAAAGUCCAAUAACGGCAUCGGGCGAGGCUUCCAUCUGUUGGCGAUCUCGGUGGGACCUCUUGAAUGAGCAGCCAGGACGCCCGGAGAAGGACGAGGUUAUCGACGUGAUCUAUGCCGCCGUAGACAAAGUCUUGGACUUGUCGGUGGACCAAAGGGUCAAAUCACGAGUCGGAGCCAUCAUCAGGAAAGUCUCGACGGAUCUGCAGAGCUACUAUGAGGACCAGUUGCCAGAAGGGUGGAGACGUCUGAACGCGAAUGAGCUGUUCGGUGAUCUGAUACAGACCGUCUUCAGGGAGGUCUAUUGGAGUGUGCAAGAUAGCGGAUACUCGGACGAUGGUGGCGCUCUUGAGUUAGCUCUCUGUAUCUCGGCGCAGACUGUGAAGACUUUACUGAAGCUGAAUACUGUUGAUGGCUACUCAGAGUUGAUAGCUGAGCUUGUGGGGAAGAUGCGGUCGGAUGAGAGCUCAGAGUUGAAGGAUGUUGAGGGGGGAGCAUCGAAGACGAAGCAACGUGAUACUAUCGAGACCAAGGUCGAUGUGAAUAACCUACCUUUGGUCGAUGGUGCUCCGUGGUCCCUGGACAAGAAGACCGCCGACGGUAAGAUCAAAGUCACCUAUGAUUGUGUGAAGCGUCGAAUCAUUACAGCUUGUGAGAGCUACGGAUUGAGUGGGAGAAGAGCAUGCUUCUUCGUUGUUAAAAACUUCGAUGGAGCAGAGCGAACAUUCGCUCAGAAAGCCCUAGCGGCGGUCCCAGUGGAGAACCAAAACCCCUUGGAUGCCUUCUUUGGGAAGAUGGAUGCCAAGUACACCAACUACUGGUCGGAAGGGCGUGCCUUGAGUGAGUUCACCACUCUGAAGAAGCAUCAGGGUGAAGACCCCAUCACUUAUCUUAAUCGCUUAUCCGAAAUUGCUGACACGUUACCAAUCAGCGAAGGUGAGCUCCGAAAGCAGUUUCUACAAGGGUUGAGUUCAGGAUUGGUAAGUAAGCUGAGAUCGUGCUAUGGCCCUCGGUUAUACUCGAAGCCGUUGGACAAGAUAGCAGAUAGCGCUUCAUAUUAUGAGUCGGAGUACAUGAGAGAACGAGUUGAUAAACCACAAGCUCAGCCGAGUCGAGUGAAUCCAGAUGUACCGCUAAGAGGGAAAGGGCUACCUCGUGAACAAGCACAAUCGACUGGGGGGGCCGGGACGGCGGCUACUCAAUCGAUCGGUGGGAACCGACCAUCAAGAUGGUCGAAUGGUGCACCACGGUGCUAUCUAUGCUCACAAGUAGGCCAUCUCAAGAGAGAUUGUCCUCUGAAGGGCCAGCUGGAUAACCGGAAGACCACUGAACCAAAGGACCGUGGUAAGAGUUCCUCCUCAACGAGCGAGGUAAAACAAGGAUUUGUGAACGUCGAGAUCGGCGCCAAUGUCGUCGAAGCGACAGGCUUGAAUGGUGAGGACGCCGCCAAAUCUAAUACUAUACACUCCUUAAGUGGAGUGGACACAGUGCCUGAGUUGAAGUGUGACGUUGGGAAGUAUGGUCGUUACAAUCAGACAGCUCUCCUAGAUACGGGAGCGGGAUGCUCUCUCAUCGGAGCAGACCUCGCUGCUAGGCUACAUAAGGAAGGACGAGCUGUCGUCUUGACGACUCCCAAAAUCAUCCGUCUGAGAUUUGCUAAUGGAGGAGUCGAAGAGUCCGACCACGAACUGAUAGUGCCCAUCGGAGUCGAGAAGAAGCGAGAAGAAGUGACCUAUUACUUACCAUUCGUUGUAUCUCGUACACUGGGGGCAGGAAUCCUUCUUGGUCGUCGUGCAUUAUGUUUGAUGGAAACCAAACUACGGUUCGGUGGGGUGAAUCCACGUGAGCUUCAGAAGUUGGAGAACGUCUUCCACCAGAACGUUGUAAGUGAAGCUUCCCAUCAACCUGGUGAGAACGGCUCCUUAGCAGCUGAGAAGAAUACUGUCCAGCAAAAUGCUGUCUACGUCCAGAUCAACCAGGUAACUGAUGAACCGGUGGUGUUGGACGAGGAAGCUGUAUUAGAAGAUGGUCUAGGAUGGUCUAGUAAAGGAGUGGUCGAAUCACGAGAGUGGUUGGAGAAGACGGUUGAACAAGCUCUCCCUCAACUCGAUGGACCUCUUGAUAACGAUAGUGACAUCGACAUCGAUAAGCUCAAAGUUGACGCGAAGAAGUGCCUCGAUGAGCAGGUUCGAAAAGGAUGGAUCCCCAUAAGUCGAGGAUUCAGAGGCCGAGUCGCAUCGAAGGCUGAUAUAAUCACUCAAGAUACCAGUACCCAAGCCUACCAAUUUCAAAUCUCGUGGGAUGUCAACGAUGUGGACCUACACGACAACGUGAGACGAGGACCAUGGGAUAGUUCGAGGCUUAUCGGAGAUCUAUCACCAUCUGAGAAAGAAGAAUGGGAUCACCAAAUAGACGGAUAUGUAUCUAGAGGGUGGUGGGUCGAAGAACCCUCUGGGCCUCCAGAUGGGGAGAAGCACCUAAGUGCGACAUGCUUCCCAGUGCGUCAAUGCGCGAUGAAGACGACUCGAAUCCGCCCAUGCAUCGAUCUGAGAAGGGCCAACGACCUUUCGCCGAAGCUGAAAGCUGCAGCACCAACUGGAGUGGGUCCGACGUCGAUCAGUGAUGCUAUCCUGAAACUACGGAGUAGUCUCGACGCUCACAAGCAGUACCAGAUAGAUCAAUAUGAUCUAGAGAAGGCGUUCUACUCUAUUCGGAUUCUACCUAGGUCAGCUGCUGACGGGAGACUGUUGAAGGUGUGGAUCCGUUGUGGGUCCACGUGGUACAGUUCAUGUUGUCUGGUCUUCGGAACCAGUGCGGGACCUCUUUCCCUGAACUACUCUCAACUCACCUUGCUGACUAUCAUGCGACAUAUGUUAUCGAAUGUAACCUCUCAAUCGGUCUGGAUCCCAGUGAUGGAUGACUUCCUGGUCGUAUCUCCAAUGAAAAAGGGAUCCACGAAGGUGAGUGACAAGUCUAAGGCCUGUAUGGAAGUCCUAUGGGAGCUCACCGGCUUCCGAGCUCCUCAGUCGAAGAGGGCACGGUGGGAUGCCAGCCACGAACAACGAUGGCUAGGAGCUCAUUGGACUUAUGACUCUGAGACGGGUCGGCUAUCAAUGAGGAGGCCCACCUGCGAGAAGCCCUUGGAAGGAAUGACGAAGCGAGCUGUAUAUCGAGCUGCUGGUCAGUUCCUACUCUUUACUCAAGGAGCAGCCGAAGCGAUGAGUCGCUCCCAUGCCGAUUCGAUGAGGCGCAUCUCCGGAAAGUGGCCAGGUUGGGACACUGUGUGUACCGAUACGGAACAGUGCAACCUGAUCCACGAUCACCUCAAAUGUGCGCAGCGGCACUGGGUCGAUUGUUCUGAAGAAGAUCAGAACCUCUGUCUCCUACAGGAAACCACGAAGAUUGUAGUCGAAGUAGACGGCUCACAAGAAGGCCAUGGUUUCCUCGCCAUCGACGCGAGCGAGCUCUCUGACGAUGGUGACCGAGACCAGCUCGGUGAUAUAAAAUCGAGGGUGGUGAUCGCUGAUGCGAAGGCCUUUAAUGAGAAACAUCUCGGAUGGCAUUGCAAUCGGCGGGAGUUGACCGCGAUUGCAUUCGCCAUAAAGCGUAUCGAUGACAUCCGGUGCCUACUCCCAUCUCUACAAGUGGUCAUCAUUCGCACAGACAGUAGGGUCGCUAGCGGUCAAGUAGACCCUUGGAGCCGGGUAGCCACGAAGAGUCUUGAGCGCAAAGCUCUCCUACGGUUGAGGAAUGUGGUAGUCGAGACUGUCUUCGAUUGGAAACUGCACGGAGUAAAAGCUCGAGUCCAGCAUAUCAGUGGAGUCAGCAACGUCACGGCAGAUAAGCUGUCAAGAGCAGUAUCCGAACGACGUUACCAAGAAGCAGUCUUAGAAGGUCGAGAACGACCUACGGUGGUAUCUAAUGUCAAUUUGUUAACGAUCACGACUUUGGAGGAGGGUGUCGACGGAUUAACGAGGAUCUCAAUCCCAAGUUUCCUUCGAUUCGUUGACCUGCACUCGACAUUCCAAGCCUGGCGGGGUGCAAUAACCACUGGGAGUAGUCUUGUGGAGUCCGACAACAACGAAAAGGUCGAGCUGAAUACUACUACACCUCCUGAUGGCCUACGUAAAAGGUGGCUCCGAAAGAUUCAAGCCGAUGAUGAUGAGACGGCUCAAGCCAUCGCACAGUUGAAGGAACCUACCCAUGAUCCCACCACUCCUACUCCGAUCAACGGUUAUCUGUAUAACCUCUUCAUCGACGAUGAUGACAUCCUGAAAAGAAGAACCAUGAGGGGAAGUCUCUCCUCCAGAACUGGCCAGGCAGAUGAGCAUAUUCAGACGGUGAUGCCAAAGUCCAUCAUGGCCGAAGUGGCUACAGCAGUUCACGCUGAGCUCGGCCAUGCAGGAUUUUUAGCUACCUUCAGAGAAGUGUCUCAACACUGUUGGUCUCCUAAGUGCCGUGAGAUUGUCAAGACUGCUCUCUCAAGAUGUAUGUCCUGCAUUCGUACCGUGCCAAAGGCCAGUAAUGUCUUGAAGGCAUUCCCCGGUCCUGCUAUCAUUCCGCAAUGGCCUUUUCAAAUUGUCGGAGCUGACCUUUUUGGUCCAAUCCGAUUACGGUCUCGAGAACGCCAAAAGGCGGUUGAUGAUGAAGCACAGAAAGGAACUUACAUCCUUACUGUGACGGAUAGGCUAACUGGAUACUGCCGCUUCGAACUGCUUGCGAAUUGUCGCUCGCAAACUGUGAUCCGUGCGUUCGAGAGGAUCAUCUGCUGGGAACUCUGUGCUGAUACUCAAGAGUGCUGGACCGACCGUGGGUCCCAAUUUAUGAGCUCGGCAUGGGGGUCUAUGUGCUUGUUGAGCAACAUCCGUCAUCGAGUGAAUCUACCAUCAACACCACAUCUCGGAGGAUGGUGGGAAACUCAUCAUAAGCCUCUUACUAAAUGCCUCAGAAGUCUAUUCGACAGUUGUCCCACUCGUGAUCUACAGGAGAUGGUCAGCAUUGCUCAAGCCCGUAUCAACUCUAGUUUGGGCACUGAUUCUCGGCCAAGUGCCCAUGAACUGGUCUACGGAUGGAGACCAUGCCUACCUUUAUCGAGAUUACUCGCCGGAGAACGACAACUCGAAGAAGACUAUAGUACUAUCUAUCCCACCAUUCUACCAGAAGAUCCGCUCCAUCGUGAACAAGCAGUACAGGAAGCCAUCUCUCGUGGUGCGCACCGUCGAGAUCUCUUGGCACUCUUCAACGAGGCCUGGAUACAAAGUCGUGCCGAACGCUAUGCCCAGCUUUAUAAAGAUGCUGCUAAAUCUGGCACUCUAUCUAUUGGUGAUCGAGUGGUAUGGCUACAACAACGUCGCAAUAAGUAUGGUAAGAUCGUCCAUGAUGAUAGGGUAUUUGUUGUAGUUCGGUCUAUCGGAAACCAAUGUUAUCAGAUUAAGCCGCUCGACGAUCAAUCCUCUAUUGCUGACAACCCCUCUGGAUGGCCUACCAUUCACAGGAGGAAUUUAUAUAAAAUAUUUGGGGAUGGUUCUGAUACUAUCUCUGGUCUUGACAAUUCUACGGGAGAGCGAACCCCUGCAGUUCCUACUCCUGAUCGGUUUGGCGCCGACGAUGACCAAAACGAAUCUCCUAUUAUUGACACUCAACCCAACAAUACUCAUUCAAAUCCCAAUUCUGGAACGGUCGAGAAGACCUUCAAUGAUGAUGAUAAGAAAGCUACUACACCCACUACUGUUACCUCCUCUGUUGCCUCUCGUAGGAGCUCGGUCAUCCCUCAUCGCAUGGAAUCCUCUCAGCAGGGUAAGCGAAAGGGGGAGAGUCGAGAGCUCCGAUUUCUGUCGUCUAUCGAUAAAUCUGUUAGCCGCUAUGGUCGCUCUCGAAAAGGGGGAGUGAUGGUGUAA